UUAAACCCUAGCUCGUCAUUUCCUGUGAGAACACUAGCUGAGCUUCGAUGGCGAAAACCCUAGCUCGUUCCACCGCCUCGCGCGUCGUCAACCGUUUCUUCUCCACCUCCUCCUCCUCCGCUACUUCUCCGCUCCCUUCCUAUCUCAUUUCCCGUCGAUUUGUUCCGGCGCUUUCUCAUGCCGCCGAUUUUGUUCACUCCUUGACCCGAUUUACCAUGAUCCGGACCCGGAUGGACAGGUCCGGUGGCUCUUCGGGCUACUCGCCGCUCAGAUCUGGGUCAAAUUUCAGCGACCGGCCUCCGACUGAGAUGGCGCCACUUUUUCCUGGCUGCGAUUACGAGCACUGGUUGAUCGUCAUGGACAAGCCCGGUGGCGAAGGCGCAACGAAGCAGCAGAUGAUUGAUUGCUAUGUCCAAACCCUGGCUAAAGUUCUCGGCAGUGAGGAAGAAGCUAAGAAGAAGAUAUACAAUGUGUCAUGCGAGAGGUAUUUUGGGUUUGGCUGUGAGAUGGAUGAGGAGACAUCCAACAAACUCGAGGGUCUUCCUGGUGUUCUGUUUGUGCUUCCAGACUCUUAUGUCGAUCCUGAAUACAAAGAUUAUGGAGCUGAGUUGUUCAUGAACGGAGAGAUAGUUCCCCGGCCACCGGAGAGACAGAGGAGGAUAGAGAAUUUCACGACCCAUAAAAGCUCGGAUAGACCAAAGUACCAUGACCGGACCAGGAAUGUCCGCAGGAGAGAGAACAGGUAAAAAAAACAAAAGAAUUAACGGAAGAAAAACUGACCGGUCAGUUCAGUUUGAUGGGCUAGUGUCUUGGUUACUUGUCUCUGGAUCUUUUUAUGUAUAUGAUGGAUAUUCUUAGUUUGGUAAUCAUAUGUGAUUUUCUCCUUUCCUUAUCCAACAGUUUAAUUACAUUGACUUUUUUAAUUUUUUUGGGUUUCUCUUUGA